AUGUCUACUAGCAGUGAAGUGACCCGCUGGGCGCAGUUCCUCGACCAGAACAAUGGCAUCGAGUUCGUCUGGCUGCAGUAUAUAACUUACAGCGCUACCGCCAUCGUGCAGAUCAUGCCGGUCGAUCGAUUCACGAAGUUAAUUCAAGACGGCCAGAGCCUUCCUAUCACCAAGGCCAUUUACCAUUUACUGCCCGGCGAUGUCUUGGCCGACGGCGCCUUACCCAGCGGCGCGUGCUAUCUCAAACCCGACCUCUCGACGCUGUAUCGCCAGCGAGGCUCGAACUCCCACCGAGCGGUGGUCAUGACAUCAAGUCUAGACAGCGACGGCAAACCGCUCGCCGAAUGCGCGCGGUCUCGACUCGACACCCUGGUCCAUCUGUUGAUGGAGCAGUCGGCAUACUUUCCUCUGGUGGGGUUCGAGAUGGAAGUCGUCUUCCUACGACGCGUCCGUCGAGAGGGGAAAGUGGUGGGCUACGAGGCACCGAGCACGAACCACUCCGUCUUCAGCAUGACAAGCGACGAUAAACAGGCGAUGGGUCUGAUCGAAGAAGUCGCAAGAGCGUUACUAGAGGCAGGGAUCGAGCUGGAGAAAUUCCACGCCGAGUCGGCACCGGGGCAGUGGGAAUUCGUCCUCCCGAAAGACACGCCCGUCAUAGCAGCCGAUACUUUACUGAAGGCCCGCGCCAUCAUUUCCGACGUCGCGGAGAAGUACGAUAUGCGGGCGACCAUGCAUCCGCGGCUGUUCCCAACCACCGCCGGGAGCGGAAUGCAUUCGCACAUCUCCGUCAAUCCGAUUGACGACAGUCGGGACCUAGUCGGCGCGGAACAAUUCUUCGCGGGCAUCAUCGAGCAUUUCCCGGCCGUGCUGGCGUUCAAUCUCGCGCAUGACGCUAGCUAUAAUCGAGUGCAGAGCGGUACCUGGAGUGGCGGAGAAUAUGCGGCCUGGGGCUGGGAGAACAAGGAGAUGCCACUACGGCGGAUCACGACUAAUAGAUUUGAGGUGAAAUUGCUAGAUGGGCUGGCGAACCCCUACCUUGCACUCUGUGGCAUGCUUGCCGCUGGAAUCGAUGGGUUGAGGAAGGAUCUGCCUCUGACGGGAGGCGACUGUCAAACAGCUUCUGGGUUGCUUUCCGUUGCAGAGAGGGAGGCCUUGGAGAUCAAGACGCUGCUGCCCAAGUCGCUGACAGAAAGUCUCGAUGCGCUCGAAGCUGACAAGGAGAUGCGGGGGCUUGUAGGCUCAGCGAUUGUCUCGGAUUAUCUUGGUGUCAAACGCGGAGAGGUUCGACAUUUCAAGGGCCUGGAUGAUGAGGAAACGAAGAACUAUCUAAUCUCCAGAUACUAA